GGGGGGAACCGAGUGGAGCUUCUGGUUUUCGGCUAUGCCUGCAAGCUGUUCCGGGAUGACGAGCGGGCCCUGGCUCAGGAGCAGGGACAACAUCUCAUCCCCUGGAUGGGUGACCACAAGAUCCUUAUCGACAGCUGGUUUGGCAGCACUACUUCUGGGGCCCGGACUGAAAACCUAACCGUGAGCAACCAUUCAUUAAGUUGUGGAAUAGUCUCUCCAAGUGAAGGAAGCCCAUCGUUUGAGACAAUUAAAACUGGAUUCUGCAAAGUCCUGGAGCAUGACUAUAGGGAUGACUCCUGAGCUGGCCAGAAUGGACCACACUAAUGACCAAAUAGGCCUUUUCCAUCCCCAACGUUUCCAUUUGGAGUUAGGUCUAGAAAACAAGGACUGUGGAGGGAGGGUUGCCACAUCAGAUCAGCCCUAGCACUGAUGGUUUCACACUCUGCUCAAACAUGCUGUGCCUUUAAACCAUGGUUUACGUUGAUUGAUGUUGCCUGAGCUACCAGGCAGCUUGCUUUUCCAAAAUGUCACAUGUGAUAUUUAUUAAAAUUUAGUGAGCAAUGAAGACUGAACUCUUUGUACAGUUUUCUGUAUCAUUCUGUAAUUGAUUUGAAUUAGGUCUUCCAAAACUGGUGGGGAGCAAACUCUACACAUGUAAAUGUGUAAUAUUUUAAAAUAAUGAUCUGCAUUUGUAAGUUAAGGAGGUUUACAGCAAAGUAAAAUUAAUUUCAAAAUUAAAUAAAAUGUAAUAAAUCGACUACUCUGGAAUUUUGGGCCUUUUCUCCUAUAAAUGUCUUUUUUUAACAUGUUUCUGGUCCCUGUUACAAACGUCGGCGUUAAAUAAUAAGGCAGACUUUUGUGCUACAUUUGUUUUUGCAACUCUAAAUCUGAGUGUUGUAAAUAAAAUUCACUAACUGGCUCAUCUUAUUUAUUAUCUGACAGUUGUGCAUUGACAGUUAACACCUUGAUUGACUUUUAUGUUGAAAGCAGAAGGUGCUCUUUUUAUUCUGAAUUUGGCUAAAGUAUCUAUUGGUCCAUGCAAGAGAAGCAUGGGUGUGUCCCGAUGUAUGUUAUUUCCUGGAGGUAAAAAAGUUUAGAAGAAAGUAUUUAUACUUCAUCUUCUAAUAGUUUUGCUCUGUUUCCAGUGAACCUCCUUAAACUGCAUGUAUAUGUUACUGUUCCUUUGUAUGUGUGUCUCUCUAUCACAUAACCCAGAACUUAUUUCCUCAGCCAAGUGGCUAGGGGGCGAGCCUAGCCAAGAUUUUACCUCCAAUGGACGCAAGUUUCUUUGGUGAAGAUCUCUCCUGAGAGUUCGGGACUAGCAGAAAGAAGCGAGGAAAUUUCGACCGUUUGGUUCUUACGGAUAGGUAUUUAUGUAUUCGGGUUUGUGUGAAUGUAAGCUAUGAUAUUUGACUUUUCAGAAAAGAAAUUUUUUUUAUUGCAAAUGGCAUUGAAUGUUGGCCAUACCAUAACCGGUAAGAAUUGGCAGUGAAAUGGAUGCCAUUUAUGCUAUUCAAGGAUUGUUUGCCUUUAAUUAUAAGUUUUAUCAUAUUGUAGAGAGGAAUUUAGACUUUGUUAAGAAAACUUGAGUUUAAAAGUAGGUGAGCUAUGACUAGCCAAAUUAAAUAUAAUUUGGAGAAGAAUUUUUAUGUUUGUUUUAAUAUUUUUAUUUCUUGAUUUUAAUUGGUAAGUAUACGUAUACAAUGUCACACACACACAAACCUCAACUUUGAUUUCCUUCCACUGACCACUCUGUUCAUAUUACAGAUACGAUGGACGUGGUCACCUGCAUGACCUUUCUGAGUAUGACGCUGAGUACUCCACCUGGAACAGAGACUACCAGCUGUCCGAAGAGGAGGCUCGAAUAGAUGCCCUGUGUGAUGAAGAGAGAGGAAGAAUACAAACGACUGAGUGAAGCACUGGCAGAGGAUGGGAGCUAUAAUGCAGUGGGAUUCACUUACGGCAGUGAUUAUUAUGACCCGUCAGAGCCAACGGAGGAAGAGGAACCUUCUAAACAGAGAGAAAAAACUGAGACUGAACAUUCAGAGGAAAAUGAAGAGCCCUUCAUUGCCCCCUUAGGAUUGAACGUACCCCCUGACGUGGAACUGCCACCAACAGCAAAAAUGCAUGCGAUCAUUGAGAGGACAGCCAAUUUCGUGUGCAAACAGGGAGCACAGUUUGAAAUAAUGCUGAAAGCCAAGCAGGCCCGGAACUCUCAAUUUGACUUUCUGCGUUUUGAUCACUACCUCAACCCCUACUAUAAACUCAUCCAGAAAGCCAUGAAAGAAGGAAGGUACACAGUACUGGCAGAAAACAAAAAUGAAGAGAAGAAAAAAUCAGGGGUCAACUCCGACAAUGACGACGAUGAUGACGAGGAAGACGGUAACUACCUGCAUCCGUCCCUCUUUGCAUCCAAAAAGUGCAAUCGCCUUGAAGAGCUUAUGAAGCCUCUGAAGGUGGUGGAUCCUGAUCACCCUCUUGCAGCGCUUGUGCGUAAAGCCCAGGCCGACAGUUCCACACCCACCGCGCAGGCAGCAGAGGGCACGGCUGCGCAGACGUCACAGGUGGAAUACACCGCAGACUCCACGGUGGCAGCCAUGUACUACAGCUGCUACAUGCUGCCCGAUGGCACCUACUGCCUGGCACCACCCCCUCCAGGAAUGGACGUCACCACCUACUACAGCACCCUUCCUGCCGGCGUGACCGUAUCCAGCUCCACCGGGGUGACAGCCACUGCCCCCCAUCCCCCGGGAACCACUCCCCCACCGCCCCCAACCACAGCAGAAAGCAGUAGUGGGGCGACACCUACCACCACCACCACAAGUGCACGAGCCCCCGUGGCUGCCAUCAUCCCCCCGCCGCCGGACGUUCAGCCUGUGAUUGACAAGCUGGCCGAGUACGUGGCCAGGAAUGGCAUCAAGUUCGAGACGAGUGUGCGUGCCAAGAACGAUCAGAGAUUUGAGUUCCUGCAGCCCUGGCACCAGUAUAAUGCCUAUUAUGAGUUUAAAAAGCAGUUCUUCCUCCAAAAGGAAGGUGGCGAGAGCACACAGGCUGCAUCAGCACCCGAAGAGGUUUCUGCAGACUCCGCUCCCGAGAAGCCUGAUGACAUCGUGGAGGACAGUGUACCUGAAGACACGGCUGAUGCGGUGGGGAAAGGGGCAUCAGGAGGCAAGAAGGAAGCGCCAUCCAGUAAAACUCUCUCCGACGGGAAACUUGUGAAAGCUUCAUUUGCUCCAAUAAGCUUUGCCAUCAAGGCCAAAGAAAAUGAUCUGCUUCCCCUGGAAAAAAAUCGUGUUAAGCUAGACGAUGACAGUGAUGAUGAUGAAGAGAGCAAAGAAGGCCAAGAAAGUUCUAGCAAUGCUACGAGCGUCAGUCCAGCUGUUGCUCCACCCUGUAUAGUUGUUGAGGAGAAGAAACCUCAACUUAGCCAAGAGGAACUGGAAGCAAAACAAGCGAAGCAAAAGCUGGAGGACCGACUUGCAGCUGCUGCCAGAGAAAAGCUCGCCCAAGCGUCUAAGGAAUCCAAGGAGAAACAACUCCAAGCAGAACGUAAAAGGAAAGCUGCUUUAUUUUUACAAACCUUAAAAAAUCCUCUGGCAGAAGCAGAAGUUGGAAAAAUUGAGGAGAAUCCUUUCAGUGUAGAGGAAGCCAAUAAUAUGCCCUGUCCUCUACUGACUGGAGCCAAACCUCUGCCUACUUUGGAAGUUAAACCUCCCGAAAGGUCUUCAAGCAAGAGCAAGGACACACCCAGGGAAGAAGAAAAAGAAAAGAAAAAGAAGAAGCACAAGAAGAGGUCCCGAACCAGGUCCCGGUCUCCCAAGUACCACUCGUGCUCCAAGCCCAGGUCCAGGCCCCACUCCAAAGCCAAGCACUCCCUGCCCAGCGCCUACCGCACGGUGCGGCGGUCCAGACCCACAGCCUCCACAGGGACCCUGAGCACGGAGCCUUGUCAGCGCAGCUCGGCACUGGCAGCAGCAGCAGAGCACGAGAAUUAUCAGGCAGCCUCGACCACGAAAAGAUUUGACUCCUGGAGCUCUUUUGAGGGAAAACCUGGUAAAAUGUCAAGGUCGCGGUCCCGGUCCCCUCGGAGAAGAGCACACUCUCCCGAGAGGCGGCGGGAGGAGAGAAGCGUCCCCACUGCCUACCGGAGGAGCAACAGCCCCGGGGCCAGCCGGAAGCGGACCCGCUCCAGAAGUCCCCAUGAGAAGAAGAAGAAAAGGCGGUCAAGGUCACGGACCAAGUCCAAGGCCCGCUCCCAGUCGGCGUCCCCCAGCAAGCCGCCCGCACACCGGCACUCGGGCCACUCAGCCAGCGUCUCUCCCGCCGAGAGCCGGGGCUCCAGCCAGGAGCGCUCCAGGGGAGUUUCUCAGGAAAAAGACGGUCAGAUCUCUUCAGCUAUUGUUUCUUCUGUGCAAAGCAAAAUAACUCAGGAUCUGAUGGCCAAAGUCAGAGCGAUGCUCGCCGCCUCCAAAAACCUGCAGAGCAGUGCCUCCUGAGUCACCCUCGAGGAUGGUAUCCCCCUUCUGGUCGCAGUGGGGUGUGUGUCUGAGAUCCCAGAAAUCAGAAGUGCUGAAAAGCUUGUUCCUGUACAGAUCCAUUGCAGAAUACUGUCCAGAUUUUCCAUCCUGGGACUCCCUUGGACACUUGGUGGUUUUUGUAAAUUAAUUUUUGAUGACAUUUUCGGUUUAAGAUUUUUGACCAGCAGUCUCUUACCUGUAUAUUUGUAAAUAAUAUCAUGUUUCAGUGAAAGUGUAUUAUCAAAUAAAAUGGGAGGAAAACACCUUUUUUAGCUAGCA